AUGUCGCUCACCGACUGCUCGGCACGUGAGAUUGGAAAAACUGCAUCCCUAGCUUCUCGCCGCCUCGCUACCCUAGCAGACGCCGAUCGCAAAGAAGCACUGACGGCGCUACACGAUGCACUAUCAAAGAACAAGAACAAAAUUCUUGAGGCAAAUGCAAGAGAUCUUGAGGUGGCAACUCGAGCCGCUGAAAAGGGUGACCUCAGUCAAAGCGUUCUCAGAAGAUUAGACCUAUCCAAGCCUGGAAAGUAUGACGAUAUGCUCAACGGGAUCUUAGGUGUACGAGACCUGGAGGACCCCAUUGGGAAAGUCACACUCAAGACACUUCUUGAUGAUGGCCUCAUUCUUGAAAAAGUGAGCUGCCCGAUUGGUGUUUUACUUAUAAUCUUUGAGGCUCGACCCGAGGUUAUUGCGAAUAUAGCUGCCCUCGCCAUCAAAUCGGGAAAUGCGGCUAUUCUCAAAGGUGGCAAGGAGUCAACUGAAUCGUUUGUUGCUAUCUCAGACGUUAUUUCAGAGACUAUCGCUGUUACCAAAGUUCCUCAGUCAUCCAUACAGCUGGUCAAAACUCGAGACAUCGUUUCGGCCUUGCUAGAACAAGACUCGUUUAUUGACCUUGUGAUUCCUCGAGGCUCCAACGACCUGGUUCGAUUUGUGAAGGAUAAUACAAAGAUUGCCGUACUUGGUCACGCCGACGGGCUGUGCUCUGCCUAUCUUCAUUCCGAUGCAGAACAAGAAAUUGCGCUGAGAGUCGUUGUGGAUUCGAAAACCGAUUAUCCUGCAGCAUGCAACUCUUUGGAAACUCUCCUUGUCCAUCAAGAUAUCCUUGAGAGCAUUCUUCCUUCAGUUGCUGAGGCCCUCUUCGCUAAGGGAGUGUCUCUUCGCUGCGACGCGCCAAGCCGAGACGCAUUGCUCAAAACUCUGAAAAGCCCCCCUUUGUCGUUACUCCAGAGUGCGAUUGAUGCUGAUUAUGACACUGAAUUCUUGGACCUUGUGUUAGCAGUUAAGACGAUCAGCCCGUCAGCCGAAGAUUCUGCUCUUGAAAGUGCCAUAGCUCAUAUAAACUCGCAUUCCUCGGGACACACAGAUGUGAUUGUCACAAAGUCGAGGGACGUUGCUCAAGCUUUUAUGCGCAGUGUGGACAGUGCUGGUGUUUUUUGGAACGCAUCUUCACGAUUUGCCGAUGGUAUGAGGUAUGGGUUUGGUACCGAGGUUGGAAUCAGCACGAACAAGAUUCAUUCUAGGGGCCCGGUCGGAUUAGAUGGGUUGACUAUUUAUAAAUACCUUGUGCAGGGUGCCGGUCACCGAGCUUCUGACUAUUCUGAAGGUGGAGGUAGAGCCUGGAAGCACCAAAACAUGCCACUGUAA